AUGGACAUCCAGAGCCUCUCACCCCAGGAGACCCAGAGAUUUUUGGCAGCUGUACUCUUUAUUUGUGCAGUCCAGGUCGUCUACGAGUGGAGAAGAAGAAGACGUACUGCAGUGCCACACCCACCAGAACGAUUGCGAAGAAAGGACGACAGGGCAGGGGGGUUAUGGAGUCGGGAGUGGCUGACACGGCGACAAUUAUAUGGAAACUACGACCAGCUGCUACAAGAAUUGAACAAAGAGGACCCCGAAGGACACAAGAAUUUCCUACGCAUCUACCCAGAAUUGUUCCAGGAGAUGGUUGAGAGGUUGACGCCCAUUUUGAAGAAGGAGGACACUAGAAUGCGGAAUGCACAAGAGGUGGGACUUAAGUUAGCGGUCACCCUCCGGCACCUGGCAACUGGGAACGACUAUCCAAGUCUCCAAUACAGCUUCAGAGUCUCCAAGGCUUCCAUAUGCCGGUUUAUCCCGAUAGUCUGCGAUGCCAUUAUCGACACCUACAAACCAGAAGUGAUGAAGUGCCCCAAGGCACCAGAAGAAUGGAAGAACGUAGCACAACGAUUCGCCUCAAAGUGGAACUACUUCAAUUGUGUGGGAGCCCUGGAUGGGAAGCACGUCGCAAUCAAGAAACCCAGAGGUGGAGGGUCACUGUACUUCAAUUACAAAAAGUUCCACAGCAUCGUCCUCAUGGCCCUCUCCGAUGCAAAUUACAAGUUCUUGUACAUCGACGUCGGUGCAGAAGGAGGUGGUGGGGAUGGAGGUACCUGGCAGAUGUGCACCCUGGCCAGGGCCAUCAAUAACAACCGUGCACACUUCCCUCAUGACAACGACGACGAACCCAUCCCCUACCACAUAGUCGCCGACGAUGCCUUCGCUCUCAAGACGUGGAUGAUGAAACCCUACUCCCACCAAUCACAAGAUCCCACCGAAUGA